AUGAGCACUUCUUCACCGCUCUGCUCUGUUUUUUUCCUCGGUUUGGACUCGAGAGUUCGAGGCGGCGGCGGAGGAAGAUCGAGCAGCGGCAUUCGCAGCAGCAGUUCUUCGGGGAAUCCUCCUCCUUUGACGUCGACGGGGAGAAGAAGAUACGAUUUUACCACCGAGAAGAAUCCUCUUCUUACGAAACAAAGGAGAAGAUCUUCAUCUUCCUCCGUCGUGGCGGAACCGUCCCGAUUGACCGAAGAAGACGACGACGAGAUGAACGACGAGGACGACGAGAACCCGACGAGGAUCGCCAUCGUGACAUCCUCCACGUGUAAGCACUGUAAGCGCGCGAAAUCAGCUUUAGAUAAAAUGUCGCUCGCGUAUCUCGACGUCGAUGUGGACUCGUUUGAACGAGAGGAAAGCGGGGAGAGGAUUUUGCAGCUCUCGAAAUCGGUGUCGAACAUGCGAACGAUACCACAGAUUUACGUGGACGGAGAAAUACUCGGCGGCGCGGACGAGUUGAUCAAAGCUCUCGAAGAUGGGAGUUUGAUGGAGAAGAUAAAUGGAAACGAUGGUGGUGGUGAAAAGAGGAAAGAGGAAGGGAGGAGCAAAAGCGCGUUGCCGGAAAUUAUCAUGCGAGAGCUGCUGAAGGAGAAGAUGUGCAAAGAGAACGCGUUGGGGAUGGAUGAGUGCGAGAUUGAUACCACCACGACGAGUGGCGUUGCGGAGGAAACAGAGGAAAGAGUAGUUGAACAAACGGGAAAAACGACAGAGCGAAGUCGCGAAGGCGGCGACAUAAAGUUCGCCGACGAGAUUCCAUACGAAGGAUUGGUGCACAUCGUGAACAUGGCGAGGAGAGAUUCCGAAAAGGAAGGCGGGUUGAAGUUAGUUGAAACGAAGAAAAGGACGAUAAUUCCGUUUUGUCCGCAAAAGUAUCCGAAAACGUUCAGCGCGGAACGUUUUAUUCAAUGGUUGGUGGUGAGAGAUAUUUGCGCCGAUCGAAAAGCGGCUUUAGACGUGGGCGAGAUGAUGGUGCAAGAAGAGUUGAUGCACUCGAUCGAUAGAACGGACGCGUUUAGUAGCUCUGUAAACAUCGAUCCUAGCAAAUUCGGCGUAAACGGGUACCAAAAAGGUGUAUUUCGGUUUCAAAAAGACGAAGUUGAAGUUGGCGUGGCUGGAUUGAAUAGCGAGUUUAUCUUUCGCGGCGCGGCGAGAGACGCGACGACGGUGGCGAACGAUCUUCGAAAGCGCAUAUUGGAAUUGUACGGCUCAUUUUUGAACGCAGACGGAACGUACGUAGAUUACGAAGGUAUGAAAGAGAGCGAAAAGUUUGAGGAGUACAAAGCCGUCGCGGCUGAGUUGCAAAGAUGCGAUCCGCGUUUGUUGAACAGAGACGAUCGAAUGGCGUUUUUCAUCAACAUUUACAACGCGUUAAUUGUCCACGCGACCAUCGUUAAAGGCGUACCGGACGAUACUUUCAAACGAUUGAAGUUCUUCGACGAGGCCAAAUAUGAUAUCGGCGGAUUACAAUACUCCGCGAACGACAUCGAACACGGCGUGUUGCGUUCGAAUCGACCUUCGCCGGCGGCGAUUGGCGUGUUGUUAGGCAAACCAGAACUCUCGAGAGGACCGUUUAAAAGUGGCGACGCGAGACGCGAAUGUUGCAUAACGCCUAUGGAUCCGAGAAUUCACUUCGCGCUAGUGUGCGGAGCGAAGUCGUGCCCACCCAUUCGAGUUUUCAAAGGUGAUAAAAUUGAUGAGCAGCUGGAAGACGCUGCUUUUGCGUUUAUCGAAGGCGACGUCGAAAUUGAUUAUCGAUGCUCUUUGCUCAUCAACCGAGCCGACGGGAAGAGAGACGACGAAGAAAGACCUUGCAUCGUGGAUGAAAUCAGAGCGUCGAAGAUUAUUGCUGAGUGGUACAAAACCGAUUUCGGUAAAUCUAACUUUGAGAGACUUCAAUUCAUCGCCAAGUACCUGAAAGAGGACGAAUCGAAAGAGGCGCUGAUGUACAUUCUCUCGCGAACGCUCGGUAAGACUGGCGACGGCGAGAAAACGCUCCCGGUUUUGAAAGCAAAACCGUACGAUUGGACUUCGAACGGAGUAAAAAGUGAAACUGCGACGCCAUCCGGUCCAGACUUCAACGCCGUGAAAAGUACGUAUGAUAAAAAUGAAGUUCGAGAAGGUUCGGUUGAUUUAGGCAAAAGAUAA